GUAACCCUGCUUCAUAGUACAGGCCACUGAUGAUGUUCUGUUCGUCCUGGAGUCUUUGAUGUUUGUUUGAUGUGUUUGAGGUCUUAUGCUGUGUUCUUUGUUACCUACUUACCUGCCUGCCCAUUGUUGUAAUUAGUCUUUGUUUAUCCCCAUUUACUUUUGACCCCAUGUGGUUCUUUUGUUUUGUGGUGUUCCUUGUGUUUCUCUCAUUGUGAAUAAACCCCUGUUUCCCUGCAAGCCGCAGGUGGGUCGUCCACAUUCCCUUCCUGCCUGCACCAUUUCUCGUCCUCGCGCCCGAACCACCCGAGAUCAUGACAAUUAUUGCCUAUUUGCAGGGAGAGUCACUGUUAGUCAGUAUGUUUUUUUUUCAACCCUCCGUGACAAUGAAAAACAGAAAAAUAUAAAUUAAUCUGUUAAUAUAAAUGCAUUAAAAAGAUACAAUAGACAAACACUGCUGUGGGUUAAAACAGCUUCCGUGUCAUAAUAAGUGGUUCACACACUAAUGUCCUGCGCAGAGAUGAAGGUAACAUUCACAUGGUUGUUUUCAGGGGAAACUUAUCAAGUACAGUGAGCUGGUUAAUAAUUUAUCUGGCAGAGUACACUGGAGCCCGGUUAUAUACCCAUUUUACACCGAUAAUGAAUCUGUCACUGUUUGGACACUUUCAGUUUGAUUUUAGCUAUCAGCUGGUAUCGGUUAUGAAGGAAUGAGGUUUCAAGGAGAAAGGGGGCGGAGCCAAGAAAGAGAAAGACGUUUCUCAACCAGGCUGUGAUUUCUGGAUGUUUAGGAACAAGUUAACAAUGUUUGGUUGUUCAUAGGGAAUGUGUGUUAUAUCAUAUUAACAUCCUGAGGCCAAAACUCCCAAGGAGCAUAACCAGUGUUUAGGAACCAAAAUUAGGAGUGUAAGCGGGUCACGACACUCACACCCACAUUCUUAGGAAAAGAUCUCAGACAAAGCAUAUAGAUAACAUUGUUCUCACUAAGUUCCUUAAUAAAAAUAUCUAAACUAUCCACUUCCUAUCAGAUCCACCUACUGGUCCUUGUCUAACAUUUGCUUUUGCUUUUUUAGCUCCAGUCCGAUCAGUAGAUAUGAAGGUUCUCGGUGAGGAGGUUCACUGCUCCUCCCAGAACAUCUAUCCCAAGCCUCAUGUUUCCUGGGCCACUGACCCCCCUACAAGUUCAGAAGCCCUUCAGGCCACCACUGAAAGCUUACCAGACUCUGUGGGCCUCUUUGCACUGGAGAGCUGGGUGGGAAUUCUGGGUAAUCGCUCAGACUACUCCUACAUCUGCUCCAUCUCCUUAGAGGGAGCAUCACAGCUAUGGACAGCCUCACUGAAACACCAAGACAUAAUUGAAGGUGUAGAGGGCCAAGCUCUGAGCAUCCCAUGUCAUGCUCCGAAUGAUCUGCAGAACUUCACCCUCACCUGGGCCUUCAUGACGACGGGGCAGCCCACUGACUUCCUCAGCUUCAGCAGCCGGACUGGAAAGGUGGCCAACAACUGGGCUGACCGGGUCCAACUGGACACAAUCCAAGCUCAGUCAGGAAACGGAUCCUUGCAGCUGCAGAACUCACAGGGACAGGAGAUGAAUGGAACAUUUAUCUGCACCUUCUCCAAUGAGUCCAGCAGACACACUGUCUACACCAGCAUCAGCGUUACUGGGGCAGGGAACCACGGGCGUAAAUGGCUGGGGUCAGUCCUUGCUGUUGCUGUCAUUGCAAUCGUCAUUCUGGCAUGCAUCAUGUUGAGGCUGAGAAAUAGUGAGGAAGGAAAAAAGCAACUGAGUGAUCGUCAGCGGAAACAGCAAAUGAAAAAAGACUAUCAAGGACUCCCGAGGUAGAAGUAUUAAGGAAAUGUGCAGAGUGAUCCUGAGGGACAGAAACUGAACAUUGACCAAGUGACACAGAACCCUGACAGCAGCUGAGGCUGGAGCUCCAGACCUGAGGACAAUAAUCAGAGCCUGGAGUCCAAGAAAUGAAACCUACUCUGCACACGUUGUAUAUAUUUGUAUAUUAAGAUUUAUUAUGUUCGUUAAUAUUAAUAAAUUAAAUUAAUUCUGUAAAUUUCAUUUGAAUUCAUUCUGUAAAUUUCAUUUGAAUUUAUUCUGUAAAUUUCUAAGAAGUCAUUCUUAGCACCUCUCCUGUUUUGACUUUCAUAUCAUUGUAAGUUAGGAGGUGAACUGUGGUAAAACAGAGCAGAGCUGAAGCACUGAGACACAGCUUUGGUCAGACUGCUGACUGAUAAGAUAGACUCUAUUGUCAUUGUACCGAAGUACAACAAUUUUUUUUUCUAUGUCAAGCCUGAAUUUAAAAGUAAUAUACACAUGUACACACAUAUACACACAUACAUACCUGCAUAUGUAAUAAAUACACUAAUACAUGCGUAAAA